CCCCACUCUCUGACACACUCACAAAAGAAGAAGAAAAAAGGAGCCCGUCAUCGUUUGGCAGGGGUUUUUUUCUCCGUCGCGCAGUUUUCCUCCGUUAAAAACUCACGAAAAAAGCUGAAAUUUGCCUUUUUUAACAUCGAAAAAUGGACCGAAAUGUGGUACUUUCGUUGGAUGCGCUCGAAAAUCCGCGAAUAAUGUGAAGCUGUGCCUACUUUCAGGCUCGGUCGCCGUGGCCUACCUUCAGGCGUUUUCUUUUUUCUUAAAGUGCGUUUAGUGCGUGCGAUUUUCAAAGGGGGGGUGUGUGUUGCAGGAAAAAUGGGGAAGUGAAAAUUGGUGAGGAAGCGACAAUGUAGUGCAAAACAAUGAAUUUUGGGUGAUUUGAAAAAAAAGGCACGGAAAGAAAACCUUGAGGAAAAUUUUGCAGGGGAAACCCAGGAAAAGAAAGAAACAAAGAGUGCCACGCCACGAAGAAAUCGAAGAAGAAGAAGACCACGAAGAAAUUUCAAUCAUGACGGCCAGCAGGGGCGGAGUGCCCUCGACCGCUGGCGGUGGCCUGCUGUUGAUGAUGUUCUACGGAAUCGCUGCCCUGUCCGAUCUAGUGGCGGCCCGGUUCUGCGAGGGUGGCCACCGCUGCCUGCCCCCGAAGGAAUGCUGCGCCCAGGGCUGCUGCUACCUGUACGCACCCCCAAGCGCCCCUCGGACGCCCACCCCGGCCACCGACCACGUGCUGAAUCUGUUCUUCAUCAACCACUGGUACUUCUGGUGCUUCCUGUUGGCGAUCGUGCUGGCGCUGCUCUGUGCCUGUUCCCUGUGGAAGAAACGCCGCCAGCUGUGCGGCUGGGGUUCCCCGGGUCACCACUCGCAGUCGGAGGGCGACUCGGCCGGGUCGUGUUACGCGCCGCCGCAGUACAGCCGGUGCAACUCGUUCCACAUCCACGCACCGCCGCCGUACACCGAGGUCACCUCGAAGCCGGAUUUGUACCCGCUGGUGUUUAGCUAUACUGGUGGUGGGGACACCGGGAAGAGCGGGAACCAUGGCGGAGCGAACUACCUGAUGGUGCAGUACUUCCGGAACUACAUUGUCCGGCCGGUCGGGUCAAUGUCCGGGACGAGCACGGUUGAUUCGCUCAGCUCCAGCUUUAUCUGUACGGCGAAUGAGGCGAACACGCUGGUUCCACCGCCGUACUCGCGGGCGGCCAGUCCCGACCUGUCGGCGAUGUCGGUCCGGAACUAUGGGGGAAUGCCACGGUCCGCGUCGCAGCAGGCUUGUACGUUCGAGGGAACGACCGCCAGUCAUCGACCCAACUCGGUUCCCAACUCCAACUACUACGGCGUGGGAUUUUUGGGGGCGAACGGAAUCGUCCUGCGGACGUCCGAGAGUGUCCAGUUCAACAACGGGCACAGCAGUCACAACAACAGCGGCGAGGGAAGUGGCGAACAGUCGGGUAGUUCGGCGCAGAUGUCCGGCUCGCAGAGUGACCACUACCGGUUCAGUGUACAUAACAGCAGUAGAGACAACAACAAUAGCUGUAGCGCCGCAAGCGAGGCUUCCAACCCGAUGAUCUACUCGCAGCGGGAGCAGCUUCCGCAGCAGCAGACGGCACAAUCCAGCCGGAACGGCUCGAUCGAGGGAAGUCUGAACGGUGCCCAACCGACGGCACCAUCGCAAGCCAGCGAGCACAACAACAGCACAACCGGCGCGGCCAACAUCUACAGCUCGUGCGGUUCGAUUGGCGGCAUCUCGAUAACGAUUCCGGCCAACUCGGAGCACGAGUACCAGGAUCUGAACGCGCUUCGGCGCAGCCUGGAGACGUGCUGCCAGAUUCUGCAGCAGCAGCAGAAGCAGGCCCAGUUCCAAGCGCACCAUCAACCUUCUUCCGGUUUCACGGCCAACAGCGAAGACUCGCCGAUCAACGUCGAGCUGGCGAAGCGAUUCGAAGGGCUACGCAGUUCGUACAUCGGAUCCAACACCGGCUCGAACGUGUCCUCGCUGGCGAACCUCGGAACGCCAGACUCACCACCACGAGCCACAAGCCCAACCGUGGAGGUGCGCGAACUGCUCGAGCAGAUCCGCCAGCUGCAGAACAUCAGCGCGACGAACAGCACCAGCGAAGGGAUCAUCAUCAUCAACCCGCAACCUCCCCCGGGACCAUCGACCAACGCCUCCAACGGCUCGAUCAACGUCAGCAGCGGUGCGACGGCACCGACCGCCGGCACCAGCCACAUCCGGCGACCUUCCUCGUUAAUCAGCAAGAAAAAGUUCUUCUGCAAGGCGCCCUCGCAGGGAUCCUCACUCGGAGGUCACAAAGCGAUGUACAUCCCGAUCUCGUCGAACCAGAACCAGGGACCGGCGGCGCCGCCGGGUCGCUCCCUGCGGAGUCCCUCGGCGGUGGCCAGCGCAGCCGCAGCUGGACUGCUGAGCCGGGGCCGAAGCCGCUGCAGCUGGAUGUCCAAAUCGGCGCCGACCACGCCGGGAACGGCCCUUCCGCCGGGUGGGUCCGGAACUGGGGCAAUUGGGGACAACAGCCCGCUGCUGCUGAACGAGCAGGACGAGGAUGGCGAGCAGGACGAGGAUGGCGAGCAGAACGUGUAAAGCGAUUCUCAACCAAGUAGGCUGGAACCCCACGAUCCGGCAACAAAUUUGUAUGGUUUGACGUUUGCUGAGGGUGCCGAAAAGUUUGGUUUCACUGCUUGAAAAAGUGGAACAUUCCGCAAAUCAACUUCCUGAAAACUGCUUGGUUUAUGUCUCUACCAAUAAAAAUAAAACGAACCUGCUACCAAAAGUCUGUCGAAAAGCGGCACAAAUUCUUCAAAACCACGUCCGAUGCGCUUCGCAGCUGUCAAAUGACUGAAGAGCCGAAUGCAACAACUGUCAAAAUUUCGCUUCGCGUGAUACACGUUCAACUUAGAAUACACAAUUUUUGUGUUUGUGUAAACAUUUUUCAUGCAAACUAUUUUAAACAAAUUGGGUUGAAAAUGACACAUAAAAGUUCCAAAUCACAAAAACCAAGAAAAAAUAUGAUUUCCUAUAAAAUCAAUCAAAAUAAUGUAAGGUUCUGUUACAUUGUUUUGCUUGAAAUGUCAGAUUGCAGAAUGAACAACCACUACAACAGCGUAAAUAUUAACAACACUUGCAUGCAAAAUCACUUAUUUUUCGUCAGAACAAAACUAACCCAAAAAUGAGUAAUCGAACAAUUUGUAAGAUUUUGACGAAAUCUGAUUGAUUUUGAACGUGUGUAUGCAAUAUUUACAAGAGAUUCCCAAUCAACGCGACAGAACAACGCAUUUUACUAAUAGAAAUACAGUAGAAACAACAACAAAAAACUAGUAAACUUAACUGAAGACAAAGAAUCAAAUCACACCAACACACCACAGAGUAACCCAGAGGGAGCACUGGCAUUUAAUUUAUGGUUGCGUUACGCGGUACAUCGUGGUACAUCCCCCCUUCAGCAACACUGUUGAUUGUCUCCGAGAAAUAUGACGUUUAAAGCGUUACAUUUUUUUCGCAGCAACCAGGUUCUAAAUUUAGCUGUCAAAAAUUUUCACAAUCUCUCAAUCAACAAUGUGGAUUUUCUGACGACUAUCGCGGACCACAUCUGGUAUAUCCAAAGUUUGGUGGAAGUUUUGGAAAAGGACAAAUUUGGAGCUAUCUAGGAACCACCUCCUCUCACUUGUGGUUCCGCCAAAGAAUUACUUGUGUUGGAAGUUUCAUGCUGGCAACGCUGUGGCUCGAACUGACCAAGUUCUCAAUGGAGAUGUGGUUUCGAGUAAUAAAUUCCUAUUCCAACGGAAUUCCAGUGGAAUUUUCUGAAAACUAAGCUUUCUUUAAAGUGAAAAAUUGUGCGAAAUUGUUUGGGACAGUUUUCGUAGCUGUAACAUUUGUGGCUUGGUCAUAACAAUUUCUCAGGACAGUUUUUGGGAAACGACGUAACAUACUACUAGAAAAAUUGGAUAAGUAGAUGGAAUCUUCUAAUUUCUAUGUUUAAUUUUCAUUUAUAGUCUUAAUCUUGGGACAAUGACUAACCUACGUCAGGUUUUCCUCUUUUUUCCUCUGUUUAAUAAAAACUGCGAAGAGUGCAUGGCAUGCGUUUGUGAGUGAAGAUCCACGGGCGGCAAUUUAAGAUAGCGGAACUAAUACCCGGAAGGAAGCAUAGUUUUCGUCCCACCGCCAAAUCAUUUGGGUAGUCCUGAGGGCAUGCCUGAGGGACACUUCUGGCAUAAACUGGAUUUUAACUUUUAACUGCUUCCCAAGCUCCUUAAAAAAAAACAUAAAACUUGCAAGGAACAAAAUUACAAAUCAGUCAUCAAAACAUGGCACUUGUCAAAAAAAAAAAAAAAAACUUAAAAAUCCUGAGUUUACUAUGAUGAAAAUUUUUCUUCAUCAACCCCGUAACGCUCAAAACAUAACGCUGAAAGCCGCUGCCUUUCCAAAGGGUAUACAAGUAACGGAGCCACAAAAUUUGACUGCUUUUGUUUGGACUGUUCUCUCUGGAUUACUCUGUGAACACACUCACAACAAAAACAGCAAGGCGAACUAAAAACACACACACACAAACACAAUAAAGAAAAACUGUGAACGCAAAAAAGGGGAACCAGGUAGCUUAUAGUUUCCUACAAAAAGAAAAGCAAAGAAACGAAACGCAAACGGCUUAACACUAACACAAGCAAACCCAAAACCAAAGGUAAACAAUCGAAACCAUAGUAACGCAAUAGAGCAAAGAGCUGCAGCUGCAACCAACCAGAUUUACACAUUUAAAUUUAGUAGUUUGAUAGAAGCGCACGCAAACAUUCACAACCAGACGACUUAAAAAAGUAAACAAGCGAUUAAAUAUUUGAAGAAGAAAAAAAGUGAAUGGGACGAAAUGAUUUAAAAGAAACACACAGUAAAAGAUGCCUUUUCACCGUAAAAUAUAGUAAUAAAGAAGAAAAUAAAUAAAAAGCAGAAAUCAUAGUAAACAGAGAAGGUCGUAAAGGUCGUGGUAAACUUAAAAAUUUAUAUUGUAUCUAAAAGUAGUGGAAAAUCUUGAGAUUAAACAAGCGGCAAGAUAUUAAGGUGUAUUAGUUAGAUGUACUUGUACAAAGUAAGCACACACACACAUACAUACACACUUGGCGAGCAGGUUGAACGGAGCCUACUUUGAUCGUUUAUCGAUUCUGAUAUUUAGUAGUUAGUUCAAUGUAAUCAAGGAAGGCGAACAUACACGCGCAUUCAGAAUUACUCAGUUUUUGUCAAAAGCGAACCUACUCAAAAAUUAUUAAAAGAGGCAAAUGUCAGAUUUGGGUAAAUUUCUCUCAUUAUUCGUUGAAUUCUGAAUGAAAUUCACUGAAAUCUGACACUUGGCCUUUUCACUCAUUUUUGAGUAGAUCCGGUUUUGACGAAAAUUGAGUGGUUUUGAAUGUGUGCAACUCACACAGAAACACUCGUAACUAUACAUCAGCGCGGACUUGUAUUAUAUUGAAUAACUCUUACUAUUUAACUAAAACACAACAAGUUACCAUAUCUUUUUGUCCUGUUUUUCAUGUGAGAUUUCUAUAUUAGACUAAUUUGGUUACCAUGUAAAAAUCCAUCGCCCUACUAUGCGUGCUAAGAACACUCUAAAACGGAAUUAUUAAUGUUCUGAAAUAUGCGUUUGAAACACUCUAAUUUUGAAUCACGGAGUUGUCGGCAAAACCUAACCUAUUUAUAAAUAUAACUCAAAUUUUGAGUGAAACUAACAAAAAAUUGACAUUUAGCGUUUUACUCAUUUUUGAGUUUGUUCGGUUUUGACGAAAACUGAGUUAUUUUUAAUGUUCGUUAGAAUAUCAAUGAAAAUGCACAAUUUUCGAUUGAGAUUUGUUUAAACUAGUGAAAAACUUGACUCUUUUGACCAAUUUUAUGAUUUCCCAACACCCAGAGGCAAUGAUAACAAAAUUUAUUUCCAAAGUGAAAUGUAAGCUUAGUCCGAAAAACACAAUUAAGUGAAGCUGACUUGGAGCCCCCCAGCAAUUACGGAAGAUUAGGUGACUAAAGCUGAUAAACCAACUCUUUUUUUUUCGUUACUGAUAACAAAACAAAACGAAAAGUGUCGCCAUCGGAAAUUAGGUUAAAUCUAAGUAUUCUAUCCGUUUGAGAAUUUGCGCGUGGCAACGGGCAAAUCAGAAGUGCAAUAACGUUUAUCUACUAAAAAAAUAUACUUUAGAAAUCGUGUUGUUUUACUGCUAUGUUGAUGUAAAUAUAAAAUAAACAAACCAAGCUGUCACUUUCUACGCGCUGAAAAACAAAUAGUCGGCAACAAGGACCGGCAACCAAACAAUAACAAGAUUACUUAUUUUAGGGUUCACUUCACCCCCAGCGGUGCAUUGUUUUGGUCGAACCAUAAUCUGCUUAUCAGUUUCAGACACCAAUCCGCUACCCAAAUAAAAGUUGUGCUUAUUUUUAGAGAAAGAUGUUGUUUUUUCGCGCACACAAACACAAACACAAAAACUCACGUAAACACACACACUCGGUAAACAAUGGCAGAAAGGACAUUCUUGCGACAGUAAACAAAAAGCAGCAAAACAGAAAGUAACCAAAGUUUGAUGUUUGAAUUGAGAAUAAGCAGUGGAAGAACAAGUGGCGUUGAGAAAUCAAUAAAAUUCUUUGAGAUGAAAAA